GAGCAAAAUCUACCAGAUCAUCUCGUUUUGUUAUCUUUUCGCUUUGUUACAGCCUGGCGGCCAAGUUACCACCUUAACGCUUUUGAGCAACUGUGCUGGUCUUAGAACUAAACCUAUUUCGAUGCUCGCUAUCGCUCCGAAAGAGGUUAGGGUUUGGUCUUCUUAGGGCUGAGAUCGACUAGAGACUACCCUGCACGAUUUUAGCGGGAAGAGCGUGGGAUAGUUUCCCUCGCCCUCUUAAAGCAACGUCUCUCCUAGAUAUCGAGAACAUAAUUCAUCAAGAAAUCGAUAUUGCCAAUAGUCUAAGGUCACUAUGUCAUCUCAAGUUGAAGAGCUCAUACCUCUCUCCCUAGGAAAGGGAAGUACUAUGCGAACCUUUAUCGAUCAUUCCAAACCGGACGACAGUCCAGACCACAACUGGGUGGAAGUGACAUACGACGGCAAAGACGACUCCGAGGUCUUCGAUGUUCCAAGACAUUGGCACAGGGAGCAUGACGAAAUUAUGGAAGUGUUAGAAGGACGAAUGAUCUUCAACCUCGAUGACAAAGAAAUGGUCAUUUCGGCUGGCGAUCCACCGCUUCUCAUUACUCGAGGACGCAUACAUGGCGGUCGUGGCAUCAAAGGAGAGCGCGUUCGCCUCACAGAACGUACCCGACCCUCCGGGACCUUCAAAGCUCAGUUCUUCCAAGACUUGCUCCAGAACGAACGGUUUCCAGGUUUCUUGUUGGCCACACGCGUCUUCUAUGACGGCGACAUGUUCCUCGCUCUUCCUGGAGGAUUCAAAACUUUGGAUUAUUUGUUCAUAACUAUUGUGGGGUUCAUUGCUAAGGCUUUCGUCCCCGCGAAGCCAGCUACCUUGAAGCGGAUGAAAUGAAUAUGGCGAUAAAGGAGUUUACUGCAGCGGAUUUUGAUGUUUAUCAAGACCAAUUCUCCGUAUAUUGCUAGGGAAGUGAAAGAAAAAGAAUUAUCCCAAGACUCUGAAUAUGAUAACAUACAUUGACACCUGAUGAAACUCCGCUGGGGGCCAGUUCCUCCGCCACUUCUCCCUCAUUGGUCCCAACUUACUGGACUACCAUUCCGCCAGGAAGUGAAGGGAGCCCUGGAUUGCAUGUCAGAUAUAACAUCACAACACAGAGAGAGCAUACAUACAUGUAUCUGUCCCAGUGUUUUCCUUGGCUUGCUGAGCCUUCGUGCAUGCAACAGUGUUCUCCCAUGACUGCAAUUUCAGAACAGGACAGGUCUCGCUGAAGCAAUUUGUUCCAAGAGCAUCCAUAGCACGCUGAAGAGCAC